AUGACAGUGCGUGUUGAGCUGGAGUGGGAGAUCCCCAUGUCAGUGACGCUGCCCAUCCAGACGCAGCCCGACCCGGCGCACCAACCGUUCCCCUUCCUGGACACGACGCUUGCCGACCUGGGCAUCCAAGAGUCAGAGGUGAAGGAGAGGGUGGUGUGGGUCGACACCAAGAAGACCCAGGUUAAGAACAAAGCGGGGAAGCUGAAGGAGAAAGAGAUCAACAUUCUGGAGGUGAGAGUGAAAGCUCAGAAACCUGGAGACAAACAGCUCCAGGAAGUCCUGUACAGCACGGAGGCCCACACUGACCGCUCCUUCUGUCGCACAGGGAUGAAUAUCCUGCCCUGGAAACACAGACAGGCAGGGGAGAACGGACUGACACCGGUGCAGAUGACGAUGGAGUUGGAAAAACAGCAGCAGCCUGGCUUAACCGAGGCACGGGGACAACGGGAGAUCUGAGGAGCAGUCAGACGCUCCCCAUCACUCGUCCACGGCAAAGCACAUCUUUAGCUCCGUUUCACUCUCGCAUCUAUAUAGAGGAUUCAACACGUCAUCACUUACUCUUUCCACAGUGAGGCGUGGUUGAAUGGCUUGACAUUAACUGAAGGGCGAAACAUGCCAGCAUUGUCGUAUCAUGUUACAGAAAAGCACAGAAAGAGGCGGAGCGGUUCAGGUCAAAGUUCUUCUGCAUACAAGCGCAGGCUGCUGUGAGCACUAACAGUGUACGGACGCUAUAAUAAGUGCUGUUUU